UCCCCUCUCUCGCUACCACUCUCUCUCCCUCACACACACACGCGUGCGCUUUCACACACAUUCAUACGCCAGAGCUGACACUGCAGCAGAAAAACAGCCUGGUAGCGAAAGAGAGGGACUCCAUUGACUGUGAGAGAGGACUGUCUUCAUGGAGAAUCUAUCGAGGAGUACCUGACCAGAGGCAAUGGGCUGUGGGUGUGUGUGUUAAUGUGUUAGGUCUGUGUGUGUGUGUGUGUGUGUGUGUGUGUGUGUGUGUGUGUGUGUGUGUGUGUGUGUGUGUGUGUGUGUGUGUGUGUGUGUGUGUGUGUGUGUGUGUGUGUGUGUGUGUGUGUGUGUGUGUGUGUGUGUGUGUGUGUGUGUGUGUGAGAGAGAGAGCACACCAGCAAGAGAAGCAGCACUGCAGAUACUGACUGAGUCCGGAGCAAGAUCCAUUGCUCUCAACCUCUGUGUGUGUGUGUGUAAGAGCUGGUGUGUCAUUCACUGCUCUGCCUGCGUGUCCUUGCGUAUCUGUGUCGUCGGCCCUCUCCCUGUCCCUGUCCCAGAAUGCUUCAUUCUGCGCCCCUGUGCUGAGGAGGCUUUGGGCAGUAUGGACUGUGCGCUGGCCGGGACCCCCCCCACGGAUCUAGGCUGCCCCCCCAGGACGGGCACACACCGCACCUCUGCUGAUGGGCGAGGACACUGACACCACCCGAACACUGAACCACAGCUUCCUCCGAGACCACAACUAUGUGACUGAAGGGCUGCUCGUGGCUUUAGCCUGAAGAGCCCGCCCCGCCUCCUCCCCUCUCCCGGACUCCUCCCCCAGGAUGUUGAACCCUAUCCAGGUCCUGUGCUCCGACAUCACUUCCCUCUCUCUGGAGCCCGAGCCGUUUGCCUCUUACACUGAAGCUGAUAUCAUCUCCACUGUUGAGUUCAACCACACUGGAGAGCUCCUGGCCACAGGGGACAAGGGGGGACGUGUGGUCAUCUUCCAGAGGGAACCUGAGGGUAAGACAGAGCCAUUCUCCCAGGGGGAGUAUAAUGUCUACAACACCUUCCAGAGUCAUGAGCCGGAGUUUGACUACCUGAAGAGUCUGGAGAUAGAGGAGAAGAUCAACAAGAUACGAUGGCUGCCACAGCAGAACGCCGCCCACUUCCUCCUCUCCACCAAUGAUAAGACCGUUAAGCUGUGGAAGGUGAGUGAGCGGGACAAGAGGCCUGAAGGCUACAACCUGAAGGAUGAGGAGGGCAGGAUGAAGAACCUCUCCACUGUCACCUCACUACAGGUGCCGGUGUUGAAGCCCAUGGAUCUGAUGGUGGAGGUGAGUCCUCGGCGUGUCUUUGCCAACGCCCACACCUACCAUGUCAACUCCAUCUCUGUCAACUCUGACCAUGAGACCUACAUGUCAGCUGACGACCUGAGGAUCAACCUCUGGCACCUGGGCAUCACCAACCGCAGCUUCAAUAUCGUGGAUAUCAAGCCAGUGAACAUGGAGGAUCUGACAGAGGUGAUAACAGCAGCAGAGUUCCAUCCUCACCACUGUAACCUGUUGGUCUAUAGCAGCAGUAAGGGAACUCUACGGCUCUGUGACAUGAGAGAGGCCGCACUGUGUGACAAACACUCCAAACUGUUUGAGGAGCCGGAAGACCCCAGUAACCGCUCCUUCUUCUCUGAGAUCAUCUCGUCUGUGUCGGACGUGAAGUUCAGCCACAGCGGGCGCUACCUGCUGACCAGAGACUACCUCACUGCCAAGGUGUGGGACCUCAACAUGGAGAACAAGCCCCUGGAGAUAUACCAGGUGCAUGAAUACCUCCGCAGCAAGCUUUGCUCCCUGUACGAGAACGACUGCAUCUUCGACAAGUUUGAGUGUGUCUGGAACGGCUCAGACAGUGUGAUCAUGACUGGGGCCUACAACAAUUUCUUCCGGAUGUUUGACCGGAACACCAACCGUGACGUGACCCUGGAGGCGUCCAGGGAGAGCAGUAAGCCCCGGGCCGUGCUCAAGCCUCGGCGUGUCUGCCAGGGCGGGAAACGACGCAAGGAUGACAUCAGCGUGGACAGCCUGGACUUCACCAAGAAGAUCCUGCACACGGCCUGGCACCCCACGGAGAACAUCAUCGCCAUCGCUGCCACCAACAACCUGUACAUCUUCCAGGACAAACUCAACCAGGAGAUGCAUGGCUGAGAGAGAGAGAGAGCAGGAGGCUGGAGACAUACACACACACACACACACACACACACACACACACACACUGAUGGAAACAUUCAUUCAGAUAGUAAGGCAAGCAAGAACAUGUAACAUAUGCACACACACACACACACUCUCGCUCUCUCUCUAGAUGACAGGGAGAUGCUGUAAAGACACACACUCUCGCUCUCUCUCUAGAUGACAGGGAGAUGCUGUAAAGACACACACUCCACAGUUCUCAAUGGAUGGACAGGUCCACCCUAGGACCAGACAGGGGGAGCUGGAUAACCCAAUAAGAAUGAUGCUGGAUUAUGGUUUAUGGAAUUCUAAAUCAUGGAUGUGUUGACUGUUGACCUCUGGAUUGUGGCUGAUCUGAUGGUGUUUGUUUUGUUAUUGGUCAUUUUUGCAUUCUGAGGGGUUUGACCUCUUGACAGGAGGAGCUUUCACAUUUGUCUGCCUUUUUCUGAUCAUCUGCCUCUUCCUCUUCUUCCCCUUCCUCCUCACUCUGUUUCUGUACAUGUCUGUGCUCAGUCAUCUCCUACAGUCUGGACUGAUUCUUGACGUUGGUGUAAAAAAACCUUUGUGGUUCCUGGUGGUAACUAGUGGAAAUGUUUGCGGAAUGUUUGAAGUCUAAUUAUAGUUUUUUUGUUCAAUCAUGAAUUAUCAUUAAUGAUGAUGAUGAUGGUAAAAGUGAUGCCAAUGACAGUUAAUGGUACAUGAGACAUUAGUCAGUAGGAUGUUGGGUUCCACAAGGCUGCCUGUCACACCUAGGUGACAUUUAAUCCUGGUGUUUCAGUUGAUUGUGAAGACUGCUGGGGAACUUGGCUGUGUCGUGCUACUUUGCAAUGAAACACAAGGAAUGAAGCAAAAAUCAAGUCCAACAAUCAAGCAAAAAAUAUGCUGCAUGAUGGAUUUUUUGUUUUUGUUUAUAUAAAUUUACUGGCUGCCUUUCUAACCAUAAACAGGCUGUAAAAAGGCUUCUGGAGCUAUGCCUCUACACAGCACUAGUUACCAUAGACAACAACAAAGAGCUCUCCUUUUGUUUGUGUUUACCGGACACAAAAAGCAUGUUUACCAGUGUUCAGUUUUACGGUGUACAUUUGAAAUGAAGCCCAAAUAAUAACAUAGUUUUACAUGAAGAUACUGAACCAGAGGUAUGGGGAAUGUUUUAUCAACGUUGUAAACUAAAACUGUUAAAGGAAUGUUUUAUCAACAUUGUAAUCUAAACCUUUAAAGGAAUGUUUUAUCAACGUUGUAAUCUAAACCUUUAAGGGAAUGUUUUAUCAACAUUGUAAUCUAAACCUUUAAAGGAAUGUUUUAUCAACGUUGUAAUCUAAACUGUUAAAGGAAUGUUUUAUCAACGUUGUAAUCUAAACCUUUAAAGGAAUGUUUUAUCAACGUUGUAAUCUAAACCUUUAAAGGAAUGUUUUAUCAACGUUGUAAUCUGAAACUUUAAAGGAAUGUUUUAUCAACAUUGUAAUCUAAACCUUUAAAGGAAUGUUUUAUCAACAUUGUAAUCUACACCUUUAAAGGAAUGUUUUAGCAACGCUGUAAUCUAAAUCUUUAAAGGAAUGUUUUAUCAACGUUGUAAUCUGAAACUUUAAAGGAAUGUUUUAUCAACAUUGUAAUCUAAACCUUUAAAGGAAUGUUUUAUCAACGCUGUAAUCCAAACCUUUAAAGGAAUGUUUUAUCAACGUUGUAAUCUAAACCUUUAAAGGAAUGUUUUAUCAACGCUGUAAUCUAAACCUUUAAAGGAAUGUUUUAUCAACAUUGUAAUCUAAACCUUUAAAGGAAUGUUUUAUCAACGCUGUAAUCCAAACCUUUAAAGGAAUGUUUUAUCAACGUUGUAAUCUAAACCUUUAAAGGAAUGUUUUAUCAACGCUGUAAUCUAAACCUUUAAAGGAAUGUUUUAUCAACAUUGUAAUCUAAACCUUUAAAGGAAUGUUUUAUCAACGCUGUAAUCUAAAACUUUAAAGGACUGUUUUAUCAGGGUUGUAAAUCUAAAUCUUUAAAAGAAUGUUUAAUCAACGUUGUAAUCUAAACCUUUAAAGGGCCUGAAUGGUAUCUGCUGUAUAUUCAACUCUUUUUGACAUUUCUAGGUUUGUUGUUUCGGAUCAAGAACCCAGUGUGCAGAGCCGAUCAUCUCUGAUGAUGGUGUUCAUGACAACAAGAGAGAGAUUAUUAAACUCUUCCCUCUAGCCUUUCAACAAAUUCACAAUGUUUUGGAGAAGUUAUUGUUAACUUAUGUAUUUUUUUACCAUCUGUCACUUGUGUUUGAUUUCAUGUCCUGCUGCACUGGCAUAGAUUCACAUAUUUUGUGUUCAUGUAUUUUCAACAGGAAAAAAAAUCUCAUGAACAAUUACGAAUAAGUUGAUGUUAUUUUUUUUUCUGAAUAAAGAUUUCAACAAUAUUGCA